AUGCUCACACAAGCUGGUACAGCAACACCUCUUGACGCGUCGAACGACGCAGGUUCUCGAUUACCUUCUGUGAAUGGGGGCGCCUGGCAGAUCCCAGCCGUCGGAAAGGGGUACAAGCAACAUGACCGCUUUUGGUAUGACGACAGGAUGGUUUACCUUGCGACUGCAAACCAUAUCCUCUACAAACUUCCGCUUUUCCUCUUCCCAGAGUCAACCUACCUCGCGUCGUUAACUCGCAACUACACGCCCGAUCCCCGGAAGGAUGACCCACUUCCGCGCCUCUCUCAAAUCAGCGUUGAGGGGGCCGUAUACCAUGUCUUGGACGACGUCACCUCCACUGAACUUGACGCCCUCAUGUCGAUUUUGACCCCUUCAUAUAUCGAGUCACGACCUGAAGUAUCUUCCUACGAAGGACUGGCCGCAGUCUUGAAGCUAUCCACUCGCUGGGGUCUUUCGGCUGUUCGUCGAUUUGCGCUUCGGCGUCUCGACGAGACCAUCCAGCCUGUCCAGCGCCUGGCUUUAGCACGCAGUUGCAACAUCGAUAAAUGGGUCUCGCGCGCGUUGAUAUCCAUGUGCGAACGACCGGAGCCGUUAUCGCUGGAUGACAUCUUGCAAAUGACACCUGAGGAUAUCGCACUUGUGACCCAAGUUCGCGAACAGGCGCGGACGCCAGCCUCUCCUGUUGCGCCCAAAAGCGCAGAUAUCACUCGCUUCAUAGAGGAGGUCUCGCUGAGCGUAGGUCUACGCAGCAAGAAGUUGGGAUUGAGGUCGUCGGCCGCAAGAAGCGAGGUGCCCAGCAGCGCUUCAGACGAUGCAGGGCCAUCUGAACUUGCACACGAUAACGUCCCAAUUCCUGGAUUUGGCUCGGCACUCAAGGGAUCUGCAAGCUCCGACGGUCAGCCUACGUUCGUGUUUGGACAGCCGCGUCCCACAAGCCCCGGCGAACGCCCGUUCACCCCGGAGCUACCCCAUCUCCCAACGCCUGUAUCUGGAUCUGACUCUGGUAACGAGGAGAAGGCAGUCUUCGAAAGAGUUAAGACGGAGAAAGGGAAAUCCCGUGCGAGCAAAAACACCCCGUUCAAGCUCAGGAAGCUCGCCAGCGAUGAUGUGGAUAGUGGAGCCUCAGCAUCAACGUCUGCCACACGUCCUUAG